AGGAGAUGCCCGUGUCGGGGUGCACCUGCUUCAGCACCUUGUACACGUAGAUGGAGUAGCUCUCCUUGCGGCUCUUCUUGCGCUUCUUGUCGCCCUUCUUCUGCGUCUUAGUGACCGCCUUCUUGGAGCCCUUCUUGGGCGCGGGCGCGGACUUGGCCGGCUCGGGCAUGGCUGCGAACGCGCGACUCUCAGCACACACGAACUACGAAAAAAAGAACCGACGACAGCGAAGAGGCCGCGGGAGCUGCUUUUAUAGCGGUGCUGUUCCCAGCGGCGCGUCGCUAUUGGUUGUCCUUCCCGUCGUGCCCCCGCGCCCGGCUUUGCCAUUGGCGUCCUCUGAAUUCGCCUUCCCAUUGGCUGCCGAACGAUUCCUUUCUUGCAGCCAAUCGGAGCAGGCGCUGCCGCUCCGCCCGGGUUGUAUAUAAGGCGCCGGGCGGGCCGGGCUGGGACUUAUCGAGGCUUUUGCGGCUCCGGAGCGAGCGCCGAUUUGCUGAGUGGCUGCCAUGUCCGGGCGCGGGAAGCAGGGCGGGAAGGCGCGGGCCAAGGCCAAGUCGCGCUCGUCGCGGGCCGGGCUGCAGUUCCCCGUGGGCCGCGUGCACCGGCUGCUGCGCAAGGGCAACUACGCGGAGCGGGUGGGCGCCGGCGCGCCCGUGUACCUGGCGGCCGUGCUGGAGUACCUGACGGCCGAGAUUCUGGAGCUGGCGGGCAACGCGGCCCGCGACAACAAGAAGACACGCAUCAUCCCCCGCCACCUGCAGCUCGCCAUCCGCAACGACGAGGAGCUCAACAAGCUGCUGGGCAAGGUGACGAUCGCGCAGGGCGGCGUGCUGCCCAACAUCCAGGCCGUGCUGCUGCCCAAGAAGACCGACAGCCACAAGGCCAAAGCCAAGUAAAUAUUUUUUAAGGGUAAUCAAGAAACAAAAAGGCUCUUUUCAGAGCCACCCACUUUGGUCGUAAAGGGCUGAGUCAUUGUGGUUUUCUUUAGUGAACUGAGGCAGAAACAUGUAAGCUGCCUUUUUUUCUGGGCUUUAUUUUAGUGAUGCUAUUCUCUGUUCCCAUCUGUGUUUUGUGGGAAACCUGCUUUAAUAGUAGAUGCUUAUAUUUUUAAAAGAAAUUGUGCUCCCCACUAAGAUUCAUCUUGUUGGUUGUUGCCUUUUUAGGACUUUCUAAUUAUUCAGUAAACUGUUCUGCUUUUGUAAAGUGGAUAUUUUCAAUCUGUUAGCAGUAGCAAUUAUGUUUUUUGUGGCUAGGAUAAACAUUACACCUGUAGCCAAUCAGCUCUGGCUUUCUUUUAAAUGCUCUGUGCAGUACUUACUAGAGGGCAACAUUAACUGAAGUCAAUAUUAUUCUAUAUUAUUACUGUUCAAGAGUACUAAAUAGUAGCCUCCAUGUUUCAAACUGAGGGAAAAGGGAGUGGGAAGGGAAGCAAAGCAUGCACAUGAAAAAUUAAGCCCUAAAACAAUCACUGAAGUCCUGGCAGUGACCCUGAACCAAUUGUUUUGCAACAUGAGGGGUGUUCCCAGCCUCGGGCUUCUGACUGAUUUCCAUUUUUGCUGCGUUUUAACACCAUCAUGUAUGCAAGAAUCCCACUGGCUUUCCUUGGCAGAAUUAAUUGUAAAGCACUAGGGAAAGGUUUCAAGCAGGGAAGAGUCGUCAGUGUUCUCAUCUGAUGUGACGUCCCAUUAAGAUGACAGUCACUGCGUUCAACUGCAAAAACACUCAAUUUCAUUUUGCUGGCACUACUCACUGAAUCCACACUCUCUUCUCCAUGUACUAUGGGGAGUUUCGAGGUCACACUUUGUUUUGGGAGAAAGUGAGUCAUUCUUAGAAAAGCUGCUGCCAUGCAGCAGGGCACAAUGUGGCUAAAAGUUUGUUUCUCUGCUUUGGUGCUGCCCUGCUUGCUUCUGAUUUACUUCUGGCUUUAGCGUGGCUUUUCUUGUGGUCUUGUGCAAGCUCUUGGCCACAGAAGCCUGACAGCUUCUUGACUUUCUGGGGCUCUCUUCUGCAGUUCAUGGCACUGGAGAAACAGGAGCAGUUUUCAAUGUGACUGUGGUGUUCCCCAGCUCUAUCCUCCAGUCUAGGGAAAAGGAGAGGUGUGAACUGACAUAUCUCUGGGCCUGAUGUUUACUGAGUUUAAUUUUCCUAAAAUUAAGUUGGUGAUAUAUUCACCCCUCUACAAGGGAAGAAAGUUUACACUCCUAUCUGUACCUCUGUGUUCUACAUAAUGAAACUCUCAUCUACAUAUCAGAUUGUAAUAAACAAUGGGAAAGACUCCUAUGAACAACCCUGGGUACGUUAUCUUGUUGUGUG